UUAUCCUUAUCACAUGUGGUAGCAACGCCGCGAACAUAAUGCGGGCGUCCUGGACACUUCCUAUAUAUUGGAUCCUCUCACCUUCCUCAAAGCAUGCCACCAAAUCCCACGUUGCUUGGCGCUGAUUGUACCCCGGCAAACAUUCUCCUCCUCCAGCCGUUCCAGGUGCGGCGAUAGAAGUGUACCUAAAAAUGCCGCUGCAUCGGGGGCUAGGGUUCAAAUGGAAACAUGUUAUAGUCUUGGGUGAGACCCUGCAUUUCUGAUCUCCAGCUGGGUUCACUAUGGCGCAGUCUCCAAAUCUUCGAAUUCUUGUAGAUGGCGAUGGUUCCAAGAUCUAUCGCCAGGGCGAUCGGGUAACAGGCAGAGCCUUUUUGGUUUUGGAGAAGAAGGAAUACAUCAAGGAAUUGAAGGUUCACUUCGCUGGUGCUUGCAUUACGAAGACAACGCGGCCUCAUUACGACAGCUCAAACCGGGACUCGUCGCUAUCGAACCGCAACUUUGAGGAACAGGUUCGACUUUUCAGCAUCGAGAAGACUCUGGUAGAAUCGACUGAACUUCCCGCUCGCAAACACUCAUGGACAUUCGACUUCGCAUUUCCGGAGAUCACUGAGCGCAGGGUCUCGAAAUGGAGUCGCGGAUCCAAAUUCCAAAAGGAGCCACAUUGCCUCCCCCCUUCCAUCAGCGUGCGUACCAAUUCACCUGGUGGUAAAGCAACGGUUUCCUACUACGUCCAGGCACGGCUUGUCGACUCCGGCAUUCACGGUCCCUACAAAGUCACGCAGCAUAUCUAUUAUCAGCCUGCCCCCACACCGGGCCUGGUUCGGGAGGCUAGAGUGAUGUCAAGGGUUUUGUACAACCAGAUCUGGAAACCCGAGAAAGAUUCGGCAAAGGGCGUGGAAAAGGUAUUCUCGAAGGUCGGCCGAAAGUAUAAAAGCAAUGGACGGCACCCACGAAUCGUUCCCACACUCUAUUUCCCAGAGAAGGUGGCACCUGGUCAGCACAUUCCGCUCAGUAUCGCUCUCUACAACGCGAGCAAUCUGGAGCGACCGCAGGUUAUACUGGACUCGCUGAAUGUGUCCAUUGCAACACACACGGUCGCCAUCUGUGGUAAUCCGUGGACACAGCCGGAAGACACAAUCUCACGAACUGUGACCUGCAUCUCAAGGCACAAUAUCAACAAGCCAAUACCUUUCGACACACCGACAGCUAUGACGUCGAAUUUCAAACUCGUGGACGACGCAGAGUGUGUCCCCACGUUCAAGACUUACACGAUCAGUCGACGGUACAGCAUGAUUUUGACGGUUGGGCUCAAAUUAGAGGGAGAAGAGCAGAGAUUCACCAUUCGAUCGACGCAUGGGCUGGAAAUUUUACCCAGAAUGUCACCGGAAGAUCUAGCGUUGACUAUGCGUCCGGUGGAUGAGAACGAAUUGGACGUCGAACCACUACCCCUAUACCGAGCAAGGGAACAUUCUAUGGAGCUGGCUCCUGACUACGAGACGUUGUAUUCCUUAAGCCCAACCCCCAGUACGAACUCGUCGCUGGACUACUUUAGCGAAAGAGUGACGAGUCCUUCAUCAUCAUUGUCUUCGACGCCAGGAUCGAUACCGACGACACCGGAGUCGGAAAUCGUGCCACUGCCAGUCCGCACGUGCUAACCUCGCUCGAGGAGAAUGAUUGAAUUAACAUUGUAAAACCGAAACAAAUUAUCCGGACGAAAAUGUCAGAAGAGUUGUCAGAAGCGGUACGCC